AUGGACUUGGAUAGGAAUGAGUUUAAGAUUCCGGAAAUCAUCUUUGAUCCGACCCUGGUACUCAGUCCGCAUGUAUGCUUGCUGAGUGGUGAGAUCACAGGUUUCGAUCAAAUCACCAGACCGUACCUCCUUCGAUACGCUGGAGCCAAGGAAUUCAGCAGCAGUGAAGAGGUUACCGAUGCUCUCCAAAACGUCAUCCUACAGCACGCAGAUAUCCGCACCUUUGUCCGACAUUAUGAGGUGGAUGUUGAUGUUCAAGGCAUCAUCCGCAAAACUGGUUCUCAAACACCGUUGGUGCGAUUUACGUGCUCCUUGAGUGCUUCAAUUGACCCAGAUCGACUGUAUAAGUUCUCUCCUGAAGAAUCCAAGUCCCUCAGUGAGCUCCCUGUGGUUCGUACACGGCAGGACACAGUAAACAAAGGCAAGCGGAAAUGGGAAGACCGCAAAACCAAGUUAGACCGUGCCAUUAUGGCAUGUCAAGCCGCCUUUGGCUACUUUGAUGAAGGAGAUCGGAUGAUGGAAGCAAAGCGGAAGUAUAACAAAGCUGUCCGUGAACUGUGUAAUGAGAAGCAACGACAGCGGAACCGACGGAUCCGGGAGAAUCUAGAGCGGUAUAGGAAUGAGCAACCCGUGAUUGACCUUGAGCGGCAACUGACAGGGAAGCUGGUGGAUACCAAGGUAAUGGGGGCUUUAGAGCACAAGGGUUUCAUGCCUCUGUAG